CGGUUAUUAAAUGAUAGUUUACUUUUACUUUCUUUUUCGUUUACGACGAAAAAUUUACUAUUUAGCCACGUAUUUUACACAUUGUCGAGUGGCUGAUGUGUUUAUUCGCCACAUAAUUGGUUGUGAUCUAUAAUGUAGUGUACGACUGUCGACAAGAGGAGUUACUUUCCGAAAUGGGCAUGGAAAUGAAGAAUUACUUGAAGGAUGAUGAGUCUGAGAGUCUAUAUCCAGCAGGGAUUCUUCAAAGAUUGGAUUUUAGUCAGAGCCCAGCAAUUUUCAAGCCCAAGAUCAGUGCUGCUCAGCCCGGUGAGGACUGGAUGGUUGUAAGGCCUUUGCAACGGGCUGACUAUGACAAAGGUUUCGUACAACUCCUAAGCCAGCUAACGAAUGUUGGCAGUAUCACUAGGAAGCAAUUUGAUGAACGGUUCACAUCUAUGAAGCAGGCGGGUGGCUACUAUAUAACUGUUAUUGAAGAUACGCGUACGGCCAAGAUUAUUGGCGCUGCUACUUUGACUGUUGAACUGAAGUUCAUUCAUAACUGCUCCUUGCGUGGACGUCUCGAAGAUGUAGUGGUCAAUGAUACUUAUAGAGGAAAACAAUUAGGCAAAUUAAUCGUGGUGACAGUGUCACUACUAGCGCGCGAAUUGGGUUGCUAUAAGAUGUCUCUAGACUGCAAGGACAAAUUGGUCAAGUUCUACGAAACACUGGGCUACAAGCUGGAGCCCGGAAACUCUAACGCUAUGAAUAUAAGAUUCGAUGAUCCCUCCUGACAAUUAGCAGCUGGGACGUCCGACCUGCGCUCUAAACUGUAAGUGUUUCAGGCAGCCGAGCAGUCUUCAAUCUACAUAAUUAUACUACUAAAUAGCAGCUACUAGACUCCAAAGACACAUGAGAUGAUCAUUAUUAAGUAACAUAAAAGCACUUUAAAAAAAAAUGUUUUGGUGUGCAGAAAAUAAAACGCUUCAAGCUACACCAUUCUAAGUUGAGCUCGCUAUCAGUUUUAUCAAUUUUGUUGUCGUCUCGUUAUAUUGAUCACUCUCAUUUAUAAUUAAUUGUAUUAAACUGUCAUUACAAAUUGGAAAGCUGUAUAUUAAUUUGAUUCGAUAAAAUUAUGUAUUUUGUUACUAUUUGUAUCAAUCAGUUCCUGUGUAGUGAUUUCUGCUUGGUUGUUGGGAAAUUACAGCGGCAGGGUCAAUUUUUCUAUCCAUCAAAGGUACUUUUACUAUCUUAAAUGCUUACAUUAAACAAAAAUCCUUCUAAUUAAAGCCUGACAAGUUGCAAAUUCAAUAAAAAAUCUCCUACACGUUUAUUAUGUAAUAUAGGUAAAUGCCAGCUGCCUCCACCUAGCCCGCGUCGUUUUUCUCAGUUGAGGGAUUUGUAGUCGAUUUAUUUAAUUUCCCUUUCGGCACACUCAAUCUCGUAAUUCGGUUUCGUCCAUUGUUCGACGCCGUCCACUCCAUGCGAAUGGCGGUCAAGCAAGCCUCAAUAGGUUUUUCGCUGAAAAUGUUUACUUUAUGAAACUUGACGAUCUUAUCUUGACGUAUAAAAAUACUCGCGUAGACAAAACACGCUGUUAAAGCUUGAAUUUUUAGACUAUUUAACUACUUACGCCACUACUUAUUUACAUUGAUAAUAUGUAUAUAUUUUAGGUACCAAUGUUUUCUUGUUUCUGCAUGUACUACAUCAAUGAGUUUAUAAGGUCAGUCAUAAGAUGCUGACUUUUACCUUGGUUGCUUGCAGCAUAGGUUCACGCAGCUUCCUGUUCCGUUGGACUUUCUUGUGCUUGCCGCAACUUUUGUUUUGCCUAUAAUAAAAUAUUUGCGGAACCGUGUUCAAGGCGACCGGCAUCCGGGUCAUUGUCUAAUCUGAUACUACUAUCCUGGUUGUCUAGACGUAUACGUCUAACUAAUGUAAUAUUUAACGGUUUUAUAAAUUUAUGUCAAAAAUGUUACUGCGGCCACCAUGUUGGGCCCAUAUUUCACUAGGCUAGGUAGGCAACUACAUAUAAUAAAAUAUUCGUGGAGUAGUACAAGGCGACCGGCAUCCGGGUCAUUGUCUAAACGUAUACUAAUAUCCGGAUCAUUAUCUAGACGUAUACUAAAAUACGGGUCAUUGACUAGACGUAACGGGGCGGUGUUACCAAAAUUUAUGUCCGUUUCUCUAGCGCCACCGUGUUGGGUCCAUAGUUGGAUUUUUGUAAUUAUUUCAGUAAAAGGGCAUACAUUUGAUGGGAUGUGAAAUUGAUUAUGGAUGUCUUGGCACAUAAUUUUAUUUUUUUAUUAGUUUGUAAGUCAUCAUGGUUUGACGAAUUUUCAAGAGCAUGUUUAGCAUGUUUCUUCUUGUCAUUAUAGACAUAUACAUCUAUAGAUAUCUAUUAAAUGUGUUAUUGCUUAAAAUGACUAACAAUAUUUUGUUGCUAUAUUCUUUAAAUGAAUAUCAUUAUGUGUAUUGUACUUAAAUGUGUGAUAUUAUAGGCUUUUUUCGUAACUUACGGUUUUGUUUCACAUGCGUAUCUGGGUAAUUCUUACAAAAUCUCGAAAUUCUUGUCCUUCAGAUUUAUAAGAAAAGUAAUUGAUUCUUACCGUAAAAUUAUUGUUUAAUAGCAAAUUAUACUUUGACUGUUACUAAAGCCUAAAUGAAAUAUUGAUUAUGGUAUUUAAAUAACAAUAAUAAUAUAAACAUGUCCCCAAAAUCCCUUACUAUAUCCCAAGUUCCACACCUAAUCAAACACGUUCUGUCAUUGGCUUACAAAUAAAUGGACGACGGGUCUAAUACAAAAACCACGAAAAAAAUGUCCCAAGUCAACCUAUUUAAACGUAGUGACAUGUAAAGGAAUAUGAAAAAGCUAAAACGUUGAAUUUAAAUU